AUGUUUUCUUUCUCGUUCAACUUCGGAAGCUUGCUUCCAACCUUGUUGUGUUCGAAGGGCGGUAAAUUGGGUUACGACGACUAUGAGAUAGUUGAAAUCCCAACUCUAGAGACAUUCUCGAGUACCGCAUGCUCCAAAAUGCAUGCUCCUCCCCAAAGCUCUGGAGUUUACCGUUGCAACAAGCGGACCACUGCUACCGCCCCCACUACAACAACUGCUAUCACCACUGGGGCCACUCCCUCAGACGUCCUCAAAAUGGCCUUAAGUAGGCAAUAUGCUGCCUGGGCGACCUUGAAGAAGAAAACCUUUGCCUGGUUCCAAGGAAAGGUCAUCGCACAAUACCAGCACUCGAAGUCCAUGGACUUCUGGGGCAACGUGGGAAUCUCGGUCGCUGGACUGUGUUCAAAGAUUGUCCACUUCGUGGUCCUGAUAGCCAUCGCCGCCGUCGGGUUUCUAGUUUGGAACUCGAUCUGCUGGGUCGGGGAGAAAAUCUACUCUAUGAUCUAG